AUGAAGUGCUGGAAUUCACAGCAGACCAGCGGCUGGAUGUACCCCACUGUGGUCAUCUGUACUUAUGGAUUCUUCUCUAUGAUGAGGCCAGGAGAACCUUUCCUGACCCCAUUUCUUACUGGGCCCUAUAAAAACAUUAGCAUUUCACAGGUUUCCAGAGAAGUAUAUCCAAUAUGGACGUAUUCCAACCUUGUCCUCUUGGUUCCUGUGUUUUUAGUGACAGACCUCCUGAGAUACAAACCGGUCGUGGUCCUACAAGGCCUGUGCUCCGUAGUUGCCUGGCUUUUGCUCCUUUUCGGCUCAGGAGUCAGAGCUGUGCAGAUUGCCCUCUUUGUCUAUAGCAUCGCUUCAGCAUCCGACGUGGGCUACUACGCCUACAUCUACAGCAUAGUCCACGCAGAGCACUACCAACGGGUGACCAGCUACUGCAGGGGAUCGAUACUUGUUGGAUUCGCAGUGGGUUCCCUGCUGGGUCAGCUCCUCACAUCUUUUGGGGCCACGUCCUUUUAUUGGCUAAAUGUCAUCACCCUGCUUUUCCUCUCCAUAGCACUGCUUUUGUCCUUUCUGCUGCCCAUGCCGCAGAGGAGCUUGCUACUUAAUGAUCUGCAUCCAAAUGGUCCAAACCUAGACAUUUCUUCCGAUUUGGCCAGGCCCUCUCGAUUUUCCGUCUUUACCCUGAGAAGGGUUCGCUGGAGAUAUAUUUUGUGUUCUUGGUCAAAGCUGGUGAAGGAUUGCAAGGAAUGCUACUCGUCAGUGACAAUCCUCUUCCUCUCCUUGUGGUGGUCCAUGGGAAGAUGUGGGUUCUACCAGGUCUCCAACUAUGUGCAGAUUCUGUGGUCUUUGAAAGAGCCCCAUGACAAUUUCACUGCUUACAAUGGCGCUGUGGAUGCCGUGGCAACACUUUCAGGUGCAGCCACCUCCUUCGCAGUAGGUCACAUGACACUGAGUUGGUCCAUGUGGGGCGAACUCGUCCUAGGUGUGUUCUCAGUGGUGACUGCAGGAUCUGUCUACGUGAUGGAUAUCACCAGGAACAUCUGGAUUUGCUAUGCCUCCUAUGUGCUGUUCAAGUCCUCCUACAUGAUGAUGAUAACUAUAUGCACGUUUCAGAUUGCAAAAAAACUGAGUAAGGAAUGUUAUGCUUUGAUGUUCGGAGUAAACACUUUUCUGGCAACAGCCAUACAGACCAUUUUGACAGCAGUUGUGAUUAACACAAAGAGCCUCCAGCUACCACUUACCACCCAGUACUUCAUCUACUCUACCUUCUUUGCAAUCAUUGCUUUCAUUUUCUUGAUAAGAGGAGUGUAUUCCGUGUACCAUGUGAGGCGUUCUUUGUUAGAGGAAAGAUCCCCUGGAGGACAUGUUUGUGACAGAAGCACAGAUCCCCCCAAAAACACUCAGUUCUAA